AUGGCUCAAUCAUUGCCACAGCUUGAUAACUCGGACUAUACCAUUGGCUGGAUCGCCGCUUUACCUCACGAAAGGUCGGCGGCGCAGUCGAUGCUCGACGAGAAACAUGCGCCACCUUUAAAGCACCCUAAUGAUGAGAAUAUCUACACCUUAGGAUCAAUCUAUUGCUCAGGUGGGAAGCACAAUGUGGUUAUAGCUAGCCUUCCGCCGGGUCGUAGUGGUCCCACCCCUGCAGCAACAACCGCUACACAUAUGCUGUCAAGCUUUCCAGAGAUCAAGUUUGGACUCAUUGUGGGUAUUGGGGGUGGCAUUCCCAGUGAUGAUAAUGAUAUCCGUCUUGGUGAUGUUGUGGUUAGUCAACCUGACGGUCAGUUUGGCGGUGUUAGGCAGUAUGACCGGGGGAAAGCAACUUUCCAUGGUUUCGAGGAGUGCGGUGCAUUGAAUUCUCCCCCUCGGGCUCUUCUCAAUGCUGUAGGUGCACUGCAAAGCAAACAUGAGAUGGAGGGCAGUGUGAUACCCGAUAUUUUGGAGAUUAUGUGCACGAAUUACCCGUUGAUGGCUAAGCCGCGAGUAGGGCCUGGCUACGUUUAUCAAGGCGCCGCAAACGAUCGCUUGUUUAACGCAAGCUACAAGCACACCUCUAGUAGGAAGGAAUGCAGUGAGUGUGAUAAUGCCGAAGAGAAACGCCGCCCAGAACGUCCUGAUCAGGAUCCUUAUAUCUUCUACGGCACCAUUGCAUCUGGAAAUGCCGUUAUUAAGGAUGCACAUAUAAGGGAUUUAUUCCCAGAUUGUCUAUGUUUUGAGACAGAAGCCGCAGGCUUAAUGAAUGAUUUCCCUUGCCUUGUUAUUCGUGGUAUAAGUGACUAUUGUGAUAGCCAUAAGAAUGAUCGAUGGCAAAGAUAUGCCGCGGCUACAGCAGCCGCAUACGCAAAGGAACUGCUUUCUAUUACGGACGUUACGGAUGUUAGAAGUACUCCUGAUGCGCGGAGAAUUUCUUCUCAGCUCCAGGAGAUCAACUCGACCACUCAGAAGAUUGCUUCAACUCUACAGCAAACCCAAUUAAGCAAAGAGCGACAAGAUAUAUAUCAAUGGCUGUCUCCACUCAACAUAUCAGCUCGACAUAGUGAGAACCAAAAGACUCGGGUCGACGGUACAGGCCUGUGGUUGCUCGAACAUGUCGAAUUUGGCAACUGGCUUUCGCAAACCGUCAAAUUCCAAACGCUCUGCUGUUACGGGGACCCAGGAGCUGGAAAGACCAUACUCUCGUCACUUGUAAUUGAUCACUUAGAGCAUCUAGCAAGAGAAUCAAAAUCAGGGUUGAGCUAUAUAUACUGCGACUAUAAGGACCCAGAACAACAAUCAACAGAGAAUAUCGUUGGCGCAAUUAUCAAACAACUAUUAAUCCAAAUACCUCAGAUUCCGGAUUCCGUCGUAAGCCGAUGCCGAGAUAGGAUGAAUGCAGGGAAACCACUGAGCUUGGGAGAUGCCAGCGAACUUUUUAGCAUCAUUUGUGCGCAGUUCAGCCGUGUCUAUAUCUGUCUUGAUGCACUUGAUGAACUACAAGAGAGCAACCUGCGGCGGAUUUUGAAAUGGAUCCAGGAUGGGCCAUCGGUUCAUAUAUUUCUCACAAGCCGGCCUCAUAUUCAGGACGUUGUCUUGGAAUAUCUUGAAAGUCAGCACACGGUCAUUGUCAGGGCCAAUGAGAGCGAUAUUAGACGUUUCAUUGAACAUGAGAUUGGCGGACCCAACGAUAUAGCGCCUAGGGCUAUGGAUGAGAGACUGAAAGGGGAUAUAUUUGCAAAGAUACUGGGCUCGGCAAAGGGAAUAUUUCUCCUACCUUCGCUUCAGGUCCGCACUGUACUUCAAGCCGUCACGAAACGAAGCCGAGAGGAAUCGUUGGAGUCGCUUCCCUCCAGUCUUGGUGAAGCCUUUGCAGGAACGAUUACUCGAAUAUUGCAGCAACCGAACUCAAUGUCCGAACUGGCCAGGAAAAUUAUUCCAUGGGUCCAUUUCGCAGAACGGCCGCUUACUGUCGAUGAGCUAGCUUCUUCGCUUGCGAUCCACGAUGACGAUAAUUCUUUUAAUUCGAGGGGCAUGCCGGAUCCAGACAUACUACUACAUUGCUGUUAUGGUUUGGUGGUGGUUGAUCAAGAAACAUCUACUAUCCGUUUGGUUCAUUAUUCUCUAGCUGAAUAUCUAUCUAAGCAAGAGGAGAUAUUCGGAAGUAAUCAACAACAAUGGCAUGAUCGAAUCGCAACCGUCUGUCUCAGAUUCCUCAACUUCUCAACCGCAAGUCACACAGAAGUCGUUCCGCUCAAAUACGCCGCUACACAAUGGGGUCAUCACCUUCGCAGAAGUGACCAAAGACCAGGCAUAGCGUUUGAAAUGGCUAAACGGUACCUAGAUAUCGAUUGCCAAAAUCAUAUCAACUACUCCGCGGGAUUGAAACUCUUGUGUGAUUUCAUGUACAAAACCAGGUUCCGUCGGGAACAAACUCCAGGUACAAGAUAUCCAUUGGUUCACAUAGCCGCCUUUUUCGGUCUUGAUAAGAUUAUACUACAAUCAAGCUGGACAAGGUCGGACCUGAACUCGAAAGAUGUAGCUGGACGAACACCAAUUGCCUGGGCCGCAGAGUCUGGUUUUCAGGAUACAACUAUGGCACUAAUCAAGAAAGGUGCAACGGCAUUAGAUUGGGUGGAUGAUUUUGACCUAUCGCCAUUGAUACUGGCUGCAAUUGGGGGACAUCGUGCAGUUGGGCAAACUCUGAUUGGGAAAGGUGCUAAACCAAGAUUUGACAGCAGUCUUCAAAGAACGACAUCUAUAUGGGCUGCAGAGAAGAAUGGGAACAAUGAUAUGCUAGGGAUGCUGGCUGAAAGAAGUGCAGCUUCAGGCUCAAUCGAAAGUCUUGGAACAUUGAUGCGGGACACUGUCCAGCGUGGGAACAAGAAUAUGGCGGAAAUGCUGAUUGAGAAAGGCGCAGCAAUAAAUUCAGUCGACGGAUCGGGAAGAUCAGCGCUGAUAACGGCCGUAUACCGUGGAAAUGAAGCCAUGGUGGAAAUGUUGAUUGAAAAAGGGGCCGCAUUAGAUGUGGUCGACGAUGCUGGAAGGACACCAUUGGUGUGGGCCAUAAGGACUGGAAAGGAUUCGAUAGUGAAGAUGUUGGUUGAGAAAGGGGCAACUGUGAAUUCAGCCAAUAUGGUCGGAAAGACAGCACUGAUGGAAGCUGUGGAGAAUGGAAGUGAUAAUAUCACAAGAAUACUGACCGAGAGGCAUGAUCUAGCAAUAGAUGCAGCUGACACGUGGGGGAAAACGGCACUGAUGCUGGCUGCAGAGACUGGUAAAGAUACUAUAGCGAGAAUACUGGCCGAGAAAGGGGCAACGUUGGAUUUGGUCAACUCAAUCGGUCAAACCGCAUUGAUGGUGGCUGCAGACAACGGCAAAAACAGUGUUGUAGAGGCGCUGAUUGAGAAAGGUGCUGCUAUAAACUUCAUGAAUGAUUUUGGGGAAACAGCAUUGACGUAUGCUGAAUUGAUGGGCUAUAGCAGUGUGAUUGAGACCCUGAAAGCAAAUGGUGCUAAGAUAGUUGAAGCAUGA